AUGGAGCGCAGUAGCUGGAGCGGCAGUGAGAGUCCCGGGGAGGACAUGGACAGACUGAGUGACUCGGGAGGGGACAAGACCAUGGACGGGGACCCCGAGGGGGUCUGGAGCCCCGACAUCGAGCAGAGCUUCCAGGAGGCCCUGGCCAUCUACCCGCCCUGUGGAAGGAGGAAGAUUAUACUGUCGGAUGAGGGAAAGAUGUACGGCCGAAAUGAGCUCAUAGCCAGAUACAUCAAGCUCCGAACGGGCAAGACGCGGACGAGGAAACAGGUAUCCAGUCAUAUUCAGGUCUUAGCCAGAAGAAAAUCCAGGGAGUUUCAGUCCAAACUAAAGGUAAGGGGUGUAGACCAGAAUGCCAAGGAGAAAGCUCUGCAGAGCAUCUCCUCCAUGUCCUCGGCUCAGAUCGUCUCAGCCACUGCCAUACACAGCAAGCUCCUGCCUGGAAUAGUACGGGCCAGCUUCCCUGGCAACCCGCAGCUGUGGCAGGGGAUGAUCCCAGGGGGACAGUCCAGCUCCACCACAGAAGACAUCAAGCCGUUCUCUCAGCAGGCCUACAAUGUGCAGACAGCAGGGACCACCACAAUCUCAGCCUACGAGCCUCCCACUACAGCCCAAACACACAGAGAGCCAGCAUGGCAGGGUCGCUCUAUCGGCACCACCAAACUACGACUGGUGGAGUUUUCAUCUUUCCUGGAGACACAGAGGGACCAGGAGGCAUACAACAAGCACCUAUUUGUGCACAUCAGCCAGAGCAGUCCGAGCUACAGCGACCCACUGCUGGAGUGUGUGGACAUCAGGCAGAUCUACGACAAGUUCCCCGAGAAGAAGGGCGGCCUCAAGGAGCUGUUUGGCAAGGGCCCACAAAACGCGUUCUACCUGAUCAAGUUCUGGGCGGACCUGAACUAUAAUGUGCAGGACGACCCCGCGGCCUUCUACGGUGUGACCAGCCAGUACGAGAGCUCGGAGAACAUGACCAUCACCUGCUCCACCAAGGUCUGCUCUUUCGGCAAGCAGGUGGUUGAGAAAGUGGAGUCGUCACGCGCGCGGUUUGAAAACGGGCGUUUCGUCUACAGAAUCAGUCGCUCUCCAAUGUGUGAAUACAUGAUCAACUUCAUCCACAAGCUCAAACACCUGCCUGAGAAAUACAUGAUGAACAGUGUGCUGGAGAACUUCACUAUUCUGCUGGUGGUGAGCAACAGAGACACUCAGGAGACCUUGCUGUGUAUGGCGUGUGUGUUCGAGGUGUCCAACAACGAGCAUGGAGCACAGCACCACAUCUAUCGACUCGUCAAGGAAUAACACACACACUUAUACAUAUAAAUAUAUAUAUACACACAUACACGGACACACACAUAUGGCCUUUGUUUGGUGACUGAUGGCGACACUGGAGGUAAAAAAAAAAACAAAAAAAACAAGUGUCUUUCAGCCAAACAACUUCGAUUUAGU